CAGCGCCGCCGCCCCGCCCCGCCAGCGCGGCCCCGGCCUUCUGCGGUCCGGUCCCGGAUCUCCUUUCCGCCGGGAUAGCGCUCCUGCUUCUCGGGGGGGGGCGUUAUGAGGUCCCCGACUCGGGGCCUGGCCUCGAGCGAUGGCGAGGAGGGCUCAGAUAGGACGCCCCUCCUGCAGAGCACCCCGCGGGUGGAAGCCGCUCCAGUGUGCUGCUCUGCUCGUUACAACUUAGCAGUUUUGGCUUUUUUUGGUUUCUUCGUUCUCUAUGCAUUACGUGUGAAUCUGAGUGUUGCAUUAGUGGAUAUGGUAGAUUCAAAUACAACUUUAGCAGAUAAUAGAACUUCUAAGGAAUGUGCAGAGCAUUCUGCUCCCAUAAAAGUUCUUCAUAAUCAAACGGGUAAAAGGUACCAAUGGGAUGCAGAAACUCAAGGAUGGAUUCUCGGUUCUUUUUUUUACGGCUACAUCAUCACCCAGAUUCCUGGAGGAUAUAUUGCCAGCAAAGUGGGGGGGAAACUGCUGCUAGGAUUUGGGAUCCUUGGCACUGCUGUCUUUACCCUGUUCACUCCCAUUGCUGCAGAUUUUGGAGUUGGAGCCCUCAUUGUACUCAGGGCACUAGAAGGAUUAGGAGAGGGUGUUACAUUUCCAGCUAUGCAUGCCAUGUGGUCUUCAUGGGCUCCCCCUCUUGAAAGGAGCAAGCUUCUUAGCAUUUCAUAUGCAGGAGCACAGCUUGGAACAGUAAUUUCUCUUCCCCUUUCUGGAAUAAUUUGUUUCUAUAUGAACUGGACUUACGUCUUCUACCUUUUUGGUAUAGUUGGCAUCAUUUGGUUUAUUUUAUGGAUCUUUUUAGUUAGUGAAACUCCAGAGACUCACAAGACAAUCUCCCGCCAGGAAAAAGAAUAUAUUCUUUCAUCAUUAAAAAAUCAGCUUUCAUCACAGAAGUCAGUGCCAUGGAUACCCAUGCUAAAAUCACUGCCGCUUUGGGCUAUUGUAGUAGCACAUUUUUCUUACAACUGGACUUUUUACACUUUAUUGACGUUAUUGCCUACUUACAUGAAGGAGAUCCUAAGGUUCAAUGUUCAAGAGAAUGGGCUUCUAUCUGCACUGCCUUACUUUGGCUGUUGGUUAUGUAUGAUCUUGUCUGGUCAAGCUGCUGACAAUUUAAGGGCAAAAUGGAAUUUUUCAACAAUAUGUGUCCGAAGAGUUUUUAGCCUAAUAGGAAUGAUUGGACCUGCGGUAUUCCUGGUAGCCGCUGGAUUUAUAGGUUGUGACUAUUCAUUGGCCGUUGUGUUCUUAACCAUAUCCACAACACUGGGAGGCUUUUGCUCUUCUGGAUUUAGCAUCAACCAUCUGGAUAUUGCUCCUUCGUAUGCUGGUAUCCUCCUGGGCAUCACAAAUACAUUUGCCACUAUUCCAGGAAUGGUUGGGCCUGUCAUUGCUAAAAGUCUGACCCCUGAUAACACUAUUAGAGAAUGGCAAACAGUUUUCUAUAUUGCUGCUGCUAUAAAUGUGUUUGGUGCCAUUUUCUUCUCGCUAUUCGCCAAAGGUGAAGUGCAAAACUGGGCUCUCGAUGAUCGACAUGGACACAGAAACUGAAGGAACCAAUAAAUAAUCCUGUCUCUAUUAAUGUAUUUUUUGUUUAUCAUGUAACCUAAAAGUGCCUUUGAUAUUUUAAAUGUAUAUGCAGUCUAUGUAUAAGAAAAAAAAUUGUAUGAAAUUUUUAAGGCUUGUAAUCAUGAAAUGUCACAAGUUGCCAGAUUGGUAAAAUGAGCUGUUUUUAAUUAUAAUAACAUGUAUCCUGGAACUUACCCUUGAGGGUCACAUAUCUGGCUGUAAAUCAGGCAAUAGAAAGUAUGGGAGUUCUAUUUAUUUUUAAGGACCAUACUUGAAGGAAUGAGCUGAAGUGAACACCUCUAUACCUUUGCUUAAUUAAACUAGAUAAUAAUUCUCAGGUCUUGACAAACACCUGUUUUUGACCACUUUCCUCAUAAAAAUUAUUUGUUGGCAGAAAUCUGUAACACUUAGGUCUCAAACUGUACCCUCUCCACGGAGCUGCCAGCCACUGUAUAAUUUGGCCUGGCAGCCACACCAAGGGAAGCAUGCCCAGGCAGCUGCCAAGCAUUCCCUCCCUGACUUCAGGGACAGUGCCCAGCAUUUACCAGAGCCGCAUCCAAGACCAGGGUCAGUGCCAAGUCUUCAGAUGGCGUUCUUCCUCUGGGGGCUGUUAAUGUGUCGAUAAGCCCUGAGGAGGCCCAGGCAGCAAGAUCCACUGCCGUGGCUUCGAUGCAUCCUCACACCUUAACCUUGCCAGCACGCUGGAAUAUUGAUGGGCAUGUGACCUGCAAGACAACAGUGUGAUGCCCAGUUAACCACAAAUAAUAUCAUCCUUGAGUUAAACUACUUUCAUGUGGAUAAGAAUGUAAAUUUCCAAGUCCUGUGUUCAAUGAGCUUCACCAGAGUAAGUAAAAAAAAGAUUUUUUUACAAUUCUCACAUUUUUUCCCAUUUAUCUACAUGGAAGCUUCUAGUUGCAGUUUAAAGUUGAAGUGGCUUUCAUUUGGCCACAUCACCUACAACCAGUGGUGUAAUCAUCCUUACUUCCGGUUCUUGACAUCAUCUUUUCCAGCUUUUCCCUGAACCAUCUUCCAGUGGUUUUUGACCAUGCUUCGAGGGCAUCUAUGUGAUUUAGAACUCAAUUUAUGUUUUGUUAUGUUUGUUUAACACCACUUGUAACAUUUUAAGUAAAACUGAUUAAUGUAAUAUGAUGUGGAUACAUUUCUGUAAAUUUAUUUUUAAACUUGUAAAUAGCCUUAAGUUGCUAAGGUGAUAUUUCUUUUAUAAAUCAUCAAAAUAAACAUUUUUGGAUGGAUUUUUGGA